AUGGUUUCCUUCUUCGGGCUUCGUUUCGGGGGCGACAAGAAGAAGCUACAGGACAAGCAAAAAGAGGCCGAAAAGUCAGCAAAGAAAUGGAAGAAAGGGCAAAAGGAGAGCUUCGGCUCCGACCAGUCUUUUGGCAAUGACAUCGCUGCUCCCCAACGUCCGUCAUCGCGACCUGGCACCGGCCAUUCGAUACGAAGCACAAUGCUCUUUCGCGCGCCAUUUGCUAAUGCCCAAGCAACAUCGUCCAUGGUCGACCUCGCCCCUCCAUCUGUGAGACAACCAAGUACGGCCAACUCCAUGAAGAAGGAUUGGGCGAAUCCUCUGGGCUUGCAUUUUGGGAAGGGUGAUAAGGAUGCGCCGCAAAGGCCACAUACAUCGGCUGGCCCUACGGCGAAGCGUCCGCCCCGUCACUCCGACUUUGACGUUGGAUCCCAAGGUUAUGAGAAAAGCCGUGGUAUGGCGAGUGUUGGGCCCAAUGGAUACCCGUCACCCCCGCCGUCCAUCAAGAGCGAGGAUCCAGAUCCGUUGAGUCGCGUGAGCACCGAGCCCAAGGGCGCCAAGCCAACAGCUCUGAGCGCACUUCGCCGCGUAAACACGGCUGAGCCGAAUUUGCAGCUGGCGACCAAUGAGGGGGGGUUAGAGAGCCCUGUCGUUCUCAACGCUUUAGCCAAGCGUGAUACCAUGUCCUUCCACUCACCACGUCGACGCAGUAUCUCCAAACAAAGCAAUGAUAAUAUCUCUAUGCGGCGUGUUACCAAGAGCCGUACAGACGAGGAGAAGGCUGAGAUCAAGAAGCGGAGGCAGACGGAAGGGUUUGAAGGCAACUUUUCUGCCUUCAACUUUGGUGCUCCCGCUGUGGACACAUCUAUUCCUUUGCCAACGGAACGACCCAUCUCUCCGACAAAUACCAGCGACCGAACUGAGAGCCCGAUAGACAGGCAGAGACUCAGCUCGCCUUUCAGCGACAGGCCGGCGGACCGUCCCCUGGACCGCAAAAACGCGAGGGAGCGUGGGAUGAGCGAAGCGAUGACCAUUGAGGGUGCAGUGGAUCAAGACGAUGGGCUGUCUAUGACCGAAUCGAACGACAGCAUCUUCCCGCAGCCACCGGCACAUGAAGCUAAACGAUCUGACAGCACUUUGUCCCUGACGCCUUCUAUUGAGUCUCUGACCAAGCCUGCGCGUCCACGAGGCGAUUCCGACACACGUGGGCCCAGCACACCAACAGCCUUGCGCGCACCGCCUCCAAUGUCUGCUCGGCCCAGCAUUUGCUCAGUACACUCAUCCGACUCGGCACGUCUGGUCAAGGAGGCGCCACCUCCCAAGCUGAACCCAGACCGACGAUCACCAAGCCCGCUUCGAUCAAAGGCAGCCAUAGAAGGGGAUUUCCCGGUUCACCAGGGACUGCCUCGAGGACGAAAACCAGGGUCUAUCAGCUCUAUAGCUAGCCCAACGUCUGAGCUCUUUGACCACGCGCCACCUCCCACGCUCCAUGCGAAUGGUCGCUCCCAAAGUCCUCUGCGAGCCAGACAGCCCGCUGAGGGCGACUUCCCCGUGAACAAGGGCUUGCCACGCGGCAGACGCCCGGGACCUGGAUCGCCGCCGAUUGCGCCAGCGCCAGUACCUGUUCCGGCUAUGGCAGCACCACCUCGACCUCCGCGUGAGGAUGAGGGUGUCACUUUGACGCCUGCCUGGGCAGAACGCGCAGAGAAACACCUCUCAGCUAUGCCUGCACCACUGACACCCGCACUGUCGAGGGCUUCGCAUCUUGAUAGUGAUAUCAGCCCCUGGGCCUCCAAAGAAGGGGGAGCGCCAUUCUUGGCAGCCCCCCGGUUGCCCAGUCCGACAUUCAGCUCCCUUGAAGAAUCAUUGAGCGAGAACCUAGCCAAGACGUUUGAUGAUCCCCCAUCAGAAGAACAUGUGGCCAGGCCACUCAUCUCGCCUACAUUGAGUGAGUUCGGUGUUCGCGUGGGCGCCGAUAGCCCUCGACGGGUCGAGGCCACAAAGGCUCCUCCAAGGCCAGCCCCCAUCACGCUGCCUCCCUCCAAAGGGAACACACCCAACGGGAGCAUGAAGUCUCCUAUCGCGGCGGAAUUCUCUGAAUUCUCUCCCCGAUUCAUUUAG